AUGUCUGGCAAUACGAAGACCUUCAGAGCAGAUGUAUAUGGCGAGCAUCAGGGUCGGCAUCCCUCCAUGGGCGACCUUAAGAAUCGACUCUCAACAGAAGUCAGAGCGAAACUUGUUGAUACCAUUGCUGCUCGCCCGGGCACCGCUUAUGUGGAUUAUAACGGCAUAACUAAAGCCGUGGCGGAACAUGGCAAGCUUUACGAUGAUGCACAAGGAGAAGAAAUCACCUUUGGCCCUGAUGGUUCCGAUACCAAUUCAUCACGUUGGAAAGGCUGGACUACUGCUCAUGUGAAAACCACUUUCCAUUUUGAGGAUAUUUGA